GGUGUUAGCGGAGGAUUAAAACGCAGCAGGCGCUCAACACCUGCCACGCUUUGGAAACUCUUUGCAGAAACAACAAACCACUGCAGAAUUUUUAAAAAAGACAAUUUUUUGACUUUGGAAUAUAUUCCAGGCUUCAAACUUUGCACAGUGGUGGAGUGGUUACUGUCUGUUCUGACGUUCGUCGUUCAAAUCUGAACUCCGUCCUCCCUAUGCUUGUGUGGGUUUUCUCUGGGUACUCAAGACUCAACUGUAAAUUAUCCUGAAUGUGAGUGAGAAUGAUUGUUUAUCUAUCUUCAUCUGCCUUGUGGCGACGAGUACUGGCGUACUCCACCUCUCAGGUAAAGUUUUCUGAAAUAGGCUCCAGCUCACUCAUGACCCUAAUGUGGAUAAGAAAUGGAUAGAUAAAUGGAUUAUUUGACAAUUUGCCCUGAACACCAACCUGUGUCCAGAAGGUUUCACGAAUGAAAAACUGACUUGACACGGUUCUAGUGGUUGUGUGUAGUGAGCAGGUCCACAUAUGAAUUCACCUGACACUUGACCUGAUCCACCUUACCAUAACCUCCUUGUGGUUUCGGCUCUCCUCAGAAAGUGAAUCAGAGUGUCCUCCUGAAAGGUUGCCAUUGUCCUCUAGUGGCCGCCUCCAUACUGUUCGAUGGUCAUCAGGGCCCUGCCCCUUUGGCCCUAUCCUAAAGUGCCCCUGGUCCUUGUACUUGAAUCUGCAGCCUCUUUCACACAGUUUCUGGUAAUGAUGAUUUAUAUCUUAAGUCGAUCAAGACGUUUUUAGCCUUUGCCUUUCACACAGAACAUUGGGGUAUAGUUGUGUAUUGAAACAUAAGAUCAUUGGGAAGAGUUUAGAGUUCAGUUCAAAGAUCUGCUUGAAUGAGUCAAGCAUUUGCCUUUUAUGAAGUUUUUAUCAUAUGCGUUGACCUAUGGCUCAGGAAAAGAAAUUAUGACAUAUGAAAUCCUCCCUGCGACUGGUGGUGAGUCCCAAUAAUUGAGCAUCUCGGUCACAAAGAGAAGAGAUUAUGUGGAGUUGUAAUAGACUCAAACCAGAUUAGCAGACCAUCUGCUGUUGUCAAAUCAAUUACUGGUUGAGAUGAUUUAAGGGACAACCACUCAUUAACUGUUUUAUCAUGAACUCUUUCUCUUAACAAACAUUGAAUGCAAAAAAAGGUGUUUUAUGGUUUGUCUGCUGGUUCACGUGAUACCACACAAAUCACGGGUACUUUGUUGAAAUAACAAUAGGAAGGUUCUCGAAGUGGACUCCUCAUUGGAAAAAGUGCAUUUUUGAAAAUGUUUUUUGUGUGCGGAGUAAUCCUUCAUGUUCAUCCUGCCUACUUUCACCAAACCAGAUUAAUUUAAUCUUUGGACGUCCAAAUGCCAUCGUGUACUUUUUAUGUAAUCACAUUACGCUCUGAUUCUUUUGUCAGAAAAUGAGAGUCCAGCGACAGGUGGACGUUGCUUGUACAAAAAAUAAUCUGAUGUAAGCAAACAUAACAUUUAACCACCUGGCCUCAUUUAACCUUCUUUCAGUCAAGUCACAAGACUGACAUUCAGUGGCACGUCAUCAUUGAAAUAGAAGUACAGUACAAGUCCAAGUCAGCCUGCCUGCCUCAAAGACACCUUGGCAAUGGCUCCACAGACCCAAGUCUUGAACCUGCGAACUGUUCCAGUCACAAAAACAGAUCUGCUUCAUUAAUGUCAUGAAACAAAUUGCUUCGCAUCUGAGGGCAGCACGGUUGUGCGUGUGGGUGAUGAUUCGGGGUUGUAAUCUGAGCUCGGGACUUUUCAUGCCCAAAAACAUGCACGUUCGCUCCAUUCAAGACGCGAAAUUGUCGAUACUUGUGUAUGUGGGUGUGAAUGUUUGUCUGUCUAUAUGUGCGCUGUGAUUGGCUGCCGACCAAUCCCUUGUUUGUCUUUAUGUGCCCUGAAAUUGACUGGCAACCAGUCCACACUUCUCUUGCCAGGGAUGGGGCCCAGUUCACUCUGAACUAGGAAAUGUAUGGCAAAUCGUUUGAACAUUUAUUCAAUAUCCUACUAGUGGGCUGAAUUGUCAAUAUACUAGUAUGCUUUUUGUCAUCAUUAGAAAGACAGUUCAGCACACUAGUAGAAUGAUUAGGAUGCACUAAUAGAACGACUAUGUCUGCAUGGCAUUUCUUCCCACGAGUAGAACAACUAGGGUGCACUAUUCAGACAGUACUAGUCCUACAAGUGUGCAGAGAUUUUCUUACAGGUGAGGACAAAGGCCAUCCCAGGCCAAGGACAAUUGGAUUGUUGUCCUACCUGUGCGCCAUAAUAGUUCUACUAGAACACAAAAAUGUAGUAGAAAGCUGCGGAAGAAUCAUCACUGGUGAGAUAGUUAUUAUAUUAGUGUGUCCUAGUCCUGCGAGUGCACUGAAUUGUUUUACAAGUGAAGGAAAAGAGCAUACUAGUACAUGGACAAUUCAGCGCACAUCUAAGAUACCAAGUUAAUGCUUAAUCUCUGUAAAAAUGGAUGUAUGGAUGGAUGAUGUUUGGGUUUUCCAUGUUCAUGUCUGAAGCAAUUGGUUGAUCUUGUGGCUGCUGGCAGGCAGCGUAUAAAAAACCUUGCUGUGGAUUAUAAUGUCAGAUGGCUGUAAUCUGUCCUUUAUGAAUAUGAUGAAAGGAAGUCUGGCGUAUAAUUUGCCAUUUGUGACGGACGAUACGGCGGGCAAGAGGUGGAGUGGCGUAGAGGCGGCGAGGAGGCACAAACGAGAGGAUGAAUCCUUAAAGGAAGAUCGGCCACUGUGGCGGCUUGCGUUUCUUGACAACCACGGAGCCUCCACAGCAACAGGAUUAUGAAGAUUUGACGCAUUUGACGGGAGGCGAAAGACAGUGGCCGUGUGUCAAAAAUUGGGAUUAGUUCCCCUUGUCGGUUUCCGGCCUGGACCAUGAGGCUGGAGCGCGGACGGCGGGCUUCUCUGGCGCUCACCCUCAACUUCGUGGCGUUCGCCUUUGCCCUGUCGGCCGUCACCACCAGCUACUGGUGCGAGGGCACGCGGAAGGUGGCCAAGCCCUUCUGCACCGGGCCGCCCAUCAAGGUCAAGCAGUUCUUCUGCAUCCGCUUCAAUAGCUCCAACAUCAACGACAGCCGCCUGGUGCAGUAUAUAUUUGAGACCGGGGAGGAGAAGUUCCUGCUCAAGAAGUUCCACACUGGGAUCUUCUUCUCCUGCGAGCAGGCCGCCGACAUGAACGGCUUCGACUGUCGGGACUUCUCUGAGAUUGCACCGGAACACGAACGAGGGGUCCUGUGGCUGUGCAUCGUGGCCGAGACCUUGUACUUGACGCUGCUGUUUGCAGGCGGCACCCUGAUGACCUUGGAGCAGUGUCCUUGUUUCAGCGUCAUGAACAAACUCAAGCUGAGUGCCUUCGCCGCCUUGUGCACUGCAUUAUCAGGCCUUUGUGGGAUGGUGGCCCACAUGAUGUUCACCACCAUUUUUCAGCUGGCUGUGGCCAUGGGUCCAGAAGACUGGAGGCCCAAGACAUGGGACUACAGCUGGUCUUAUGUUCUAGCGUGGGGAUCGUUCGGCACCUGCAUGGGCUCGGCGGUGACGGCACUCAACCGCUACACAAAGACCAUAAUCGAGUUCAAGUUCAAGCGGAGGAACAUCGAGAAAAGCCUGCUAAUCAAGCAGAAGUUGCUGGAGCUGGAUCUCCCCGACCACAUGUGGUACCUGACGGCCGACGCAGAGGCACCGCCGGAGUUGCCACUCAAUGGCAAGAAGCCACCCACGGGGGCCACAUACACCCUGGAAAUGGACCAUGUGGCUGAGCCGCAAGGAGAGGCCUACUGUUAGAAGCAGAGGUGGAGGGACUCUGAUUUAAGUCGCCAAUUUUAGGACUCGACUUGACUUGGGCUUUGUUCGUAAUCGUUCACUCAUUCCCUAGUUCCCUAAAAAGUCUACAAAAAAAAAUUACCAAUUCACUUUGAUACAAAAUACAUUUUUAUCUGAUACAUUUUAUUCGAUUGAUUAAUGGAAUAACUGAUAAUAAUAAAACAUCUAUUCAAAAAUAUCAGUGACAGCCCUAAUUCCCUACUCCCUAAACCACUGAUAUGGUUGACUCUAGGGCCGAUAUGAUUAAUCCAAUACUCCUCAAUCACUAUAUCGGGAUUUUGAUAAAGUGGACAAUAUACUGAAGUUUAUACAUCAGUCAAAUGAAAUAUCGUUUCGGAACACCACUUAGGCGCAGUUAAACACGUCACUGUGUUCGUAUAAUUACAAUGUACUGUAUCAAUGUCAGCUGGUGGACCUUCCCUAAUAAGUACUCAACAAAUAAAUCAAUUAUAAUUCCAAAAUAUUGGAAUACACAGGAAAUAGUUUUUCUGUAUUAGCACAAUCUAUAAUUGACCUAGUCACUGUUUUGUGCACAGGCCAAAGCCCUGUCUAAUAUAAAAGUAUUGCUUUGGUGUCGUCUUGGUGCCAAGGAACUAUGUUGUAGCAAGUAGAGGAGCUCCAGUUCGAAAAAAGUAGUCCUUUGCUGAAAUCUUGUGUAGUCUUGGUGCCAAGGAACUAUGUUAACGUGAAUUGAGGAAUUUCAUUCACAUGAAUGUUGCUGCCAUCCUGAAAAGGUAACAACUCACCAGCACGCUGUAAUGCAGAAUUAAGAGGCCACUUCAUGACGGAAUAAAGAUUAUUACAUUUCAAUUCAAGAAAUAGGCUAUGUUUUGAUCAAAUUGGGAAUAGGAGAAUGACAACAUGCAAGGUAAACAAGAACUCGUUUGGAACCAUUUGAAAAACGUUUGGACUUGCUUGAGACUUGAAGGUUAAGACUUGAAUUUUCACUCACACAUUUGUGACUUACUCCCACCUCUGGCUUGAAGAUCACCCGCUGGCCCACUGGAACACUUUUUGAUGGGCGGCUUUUCUCGAACCCGAUUGACUGUUGGAUUUAAAAAUGUAAUAAAAAAAAAAUGUAGUUGCGUGCGUGUAU